UACUAAGUUUCCCCUGAGCAUUUUUUGUCUCGAAUAUAUUGCUUGGAUGUCGGUGUUUGGUCUUGUGGGGUUGUAACUUGUUAUAAAAAGGCAGAAACUUAUUACUUACUGUAAAAUAAUAUUAACAUAAAUUUGUUUUACCAAUUUUUGACAUAACAUGGUACGUGGUGGUCGUGGUGGAAUGAUUAGAGGAGGUAGAGGUGGCAUGGGACGUGGAAUGGGUUUUCCUAGGAAGCAAUUUCUUCCACGUCACCCAUUUGACUAUACAUUGUGUGAAGCUGCUUUUCCACGAGUUAAACCAGCUCCAGAUGAAUCAGAUUUCCAAAUGGCACUAUUGAAGAAGAACACAGACAUGUGUCCUACAGCAAAGGAGCAAACUUCUAUUUUAAAUCUUGUAACUAAGUUACAGACUGUACUUGACAAUUUGAUUGUUGCUCCAGGCAGUUUUGAAGCUUGUCAAUUGGAAGAAGUAAGGCAAGUUGGUAGUUUCAAGAAAGGAACAAUGGUUAAAGGCCACAAUAUAGCUGACAUUGUUGUAAUUCUUAAGACAUUGCCUACUAAAACUGCAGUAGAAGCACUUGGCACAAAAGUCAAUAAUGACUUGAAAAGUGUUAAUCCAAAGGAAAUCUUUCAACUUACUCACACAGAACGUGGCUUUGAUAUUUCUAACAAUGAAGCUACAGUACGUGUCCUUAUAACUACUCUACAUCAGAAUCUACGAAAAUUAGAAUCUGAUCAGCAUUUAGAUGUGAAAAUAUGCCAAGGACAUCUUGCUGCAAUUAGACAUUCCCGAUGGUUUGAAGAAAAUGCUCAUCAUUCUAGCAUAAAAGUAUUAAUAAGAUUACUUAGGGACUUGAGAAGUAGAUUUGAAGGUUUAGAGCCAUUAUCUCCUUGGAUGUUGGAUUUAUUAGUGCACAAUGCUAUAAUGAAUAAUCCGAGUAGACAAGCACUGCCAAUAAAUCAAGCAUAUAAGAGAGUACUUCAAUUAUUAGCUUCUGGACUCUUCCUUCCUGGAUCUGCUGGUAUAUCUGAUCCAUGUGAAGGUGGUAAUAUACGUGUACAUACAGCUAUGACAUUAGAACAACAAGACUUGGUGUGUCUCACAGCUCAAACAUUAUUACGUGUAUUGGCUCAUGGAGGAUAUAGACCAUUACUUGAGGGUACUAACAAACUUGCUGUAGAGAUGAGUGUAUGGGUAGGCGGUGUAGUCGCUAGUCCUUUAGAUAAAGCAUAUGAACCUCCAACAGAGCAAGAACAACAAGAAGAUAUGGAAGAAAGCAAUGAAGAAAUGAUAACUGAGAGUGGUUAAAUCCCUGUGUAGCAUAGUUGUAUUUUAUUUUCUGAUCUUUUUGUUACGUAAGAAAGCAAAAGAUUCUAUACUAUUUUUUAUGAUCAUAA